ACAUCCAUUACAAUGGCUAAAGCUUUUUCUCCAUCCUCCAUUUUACUCUUCAUAUUGUUAUCCACAACGUCAUCAUCCCAUUGUAAAGCAAUUGAUGACUCUACUCCAAUCGAAGGAUUGGUUUGGGACGGAACUGGCACACCACAAGAAAAUUUGCCUCCAUAUAUGGCCUCGCUCAGAUCGCAUAGUAAUGUUCAUUUCUGUGGUGGAACCAUCAUUUCAACUAGACACAUCUUGACGGCCGCUCAAUGUACCAUCGGACGAACAGCUACCAGUGUAAAUGUUGUAGUUGGAACGGUUCUCCGUACUGCUGCUGGUGUCAGUUACCCUAGCAACAGUUUGAUAAUACAUCCUCGGUUUGAUCCGAAGACGCUGGCAAAUGAUAUAUCGCUCGUCCACACUGCCGGAUUGAUAAGUCUGACAGACAAUGUUCAAAUAGCGUCAAUAAAUCCAUCUUUAACCAUAGAUGGAGUGUCAGCGAGAAUUUCCGGAUGGGGAAGAACCACGGAAUCGCUGUUCGAUCCAGAUCGCUUGCAUACAAUGACCUCUACAACGAUUGCUAACACCGUAUGCCGCAGCGGACAGACCCCAGAAAAUACUUGGCGCAUUACCAAUGGCAAAAUUUGUACAGAUAAUCCCAGUACAAGGGGAGGAAUCUGUUACGGAGACGAAGGAGGCGCAUUAGUUACGGGAAGUGAAGUAGUUGGUGUGGCGUCGUUUCAUUCACAUUGUAACGUCAGCGUUCCAAAUAUAUACGAGAGAGUGGCACCACAUCGCAUAUGGAUUGAAAGUAUUAUAUUGUGAAAGUUGACGUUGACGCUGUAAUAGCAUGAGAAUCUGCUGAAUAAAAGUAACAUUAUUCGUCUUCGUGGAUUACGGAUUUAGUAAUUCUCCAU